CGUCACAGUUGUCGUCUCUAUAACCCUAUAAGUAAAACAAACCAGUUCAGUCAGUUAAUAGCCGCCUCAAGGGACAGUACAACAAAUAUUUCUUUGAAAGAGCUCUUGUUUCUAGAGACAGUCAUCUGUGGACUAUCGAGAUAGAUUUCAAUUCUUGUGUAGAGAAAGAGACGAAAUGAAGUCUUUCCUCAUUACGAUACAGUGCAUCAGUACGUGCCUGCUAGCUAUGCUCCCGAGUGGCACUGGACAUGGUCGUCUGUGGGACCCACCAAGUCGUAGUACAAUGUGGAGGCAGGGCUUUCAAACACCUGCCAACUACCAGGAUAAUGAGCUGAAUUGUGGAGGCUUCGGAUAUCAAGUCUCUAAAGGUUAUAAAUGUGGUGUUUGCGGGGACCCGUUCGAAGGGGAGAGAAAAAAUGAAGAAGGUGGACUGUACGAUACAGGCAUCAUUAGUCGAACUUAUGAACAGGGGCAAAACGUGACCAUCCAAAUAGAUCUAACAGCCAAUCAUAAAGGAUUUUUCGAAUUCAAACUUUGUCCAAAAACCAUCAAUAAUGAAAGGACAACCCAGGAGUGUCUUGACCUCUACCCACUGGCAUUAGCUGACGGCUCUGGAACGAAAUAUAUGAUAGCCACCAGUGAUUCUAAAAUGUUCCAAGUGAAUGCUGUUCUACCUGCGAGCCUCACCUGUGAACAUUGCGUACUUCAGUGGAGGUAUCAUGCAGGUAACAGCUGGGGUCAGAAUGCUGACGGGACUGGAUGUAUUGGAUGUGGAUAUCAGGAGGAGUUCUACGGUUGCGCUGAUGUUCGAAUCGUUUCUCGAGGCACUGCCAUUAUACCUGGAGUCUAUCCUACUUACAAAGUGGGAGUCAAUGUAAAAAACACUGUACAAGUUACCAAGGAACCCACAGUUUAUGAGACAGUUUAUGAGACCAGCCCGACUCCUGAAAACAAGGGCGGAGCAGAGUGCCAGGGUGUGCCAGGCAGGGGGGACUUGAACAACUGGUGUCAAAUCAACUGUAAAAUGGGCUACUGCCCAGCCUCUCACUGCACGUGCAAGAGCGAAGUCUCAUCAGCGAUCAAGUCAUGUACAGGAGCUGGGGCCUACGCUAACACUCCAGGCAUGGAUGGCUGGUGUUUGGUCAACUGUGCUGCAGGCUACUGUCCAAGUACACACUGUAAAUGUAGUUAGUAGUUAAUAAUAGAGUCAAGAGUUUGACUUUGAAAAUCACUCGCUUGUAACUGACAUCCUACAAAGUCUACAAGUAAAAAUGUUUUGUUGUAUUUUUAUCUUCAACUGAUAUUAAUAGUCAUUUCACUAUUUCAAUAGUUUUUACACUUAAUUUUUUUUGUUAUGUCUCACUAAAUUACUUAAAGUUUGAAUUAUAUCAGUAUUUCUUUGACUAUAAACUAAAAUGUGUAAUAUCCAGAGCACUUUGUUGGAAAGUCAGCUGAAUCUAAAUAUUGUAUGAAUCUGAAUGAAAUCAAGUUGAUUUUGUUUCUGUUCUCACAAACUCCAGCAAUGUUUAAAUAAGAAAUACAAAUGUGUAAAUGUA